UGAGCGUGUGAACAAGUUGAAAACCCCGAGCGGCAUCAUAACGUGGACAGUGGCGAUUUGAAAGUGAGAAUUCAUGCGCCUACCUCCUCUCAAUUAACCUAAACAAAUGGUCGACGAAUGGUAUGCAUGACCUUAUGGAUUGGCUCCGCUAUGCUCGCGAGCGAAAUUCCAAGUUGGAAAGUGAUUGUCGGCGAUUGGCGGAGUUUGAAAAGUGUGGCAACGAUAAUCGCGAUCGUAUGCAGGCUCCCUGAUUUGAGUAUACUACCACCUUGAACGAUGUCUGCGAAAGACGACGUUGACGAUUUUGCACCAACGACUACCCCUGGCUACAAGCCAACUGCUGCAAAGACUGCUGAUGAGUAUGCGCAGCUUGAUGCUAACGACGAGAGCUUGGCUCGCUGGAAAGCGUCAUUGGGCAUCGUUCCCGGUGUGACAUCGGGAGAUACGAGUGGCCCAAAGGUCACUGUGUUGACUCUGGAGCUUCAUUCAAGCACUCUUCCACCUGGCAAAACGAUCAUCUUCCAUCUCGCCGACAAGGAGAGGCUGGCUGACCUGAAGAAGAACCCUGUUACGAUCAAGGAAGACAUUGAAUACAACGUUCGCAUCACGUUCAAAGUCAACCACUCCAUCAUCUCGGGGGUCCGAUACAUUCAAGUCGUCAAACGUGCAGGCAUCAAAGUGGAGAAGUUCGAACAAAUGUUGGGCUCGUAUGGUCCAUCGCCAACGGGAGAGCCGUACGUUAAGAACUUCGACCCUGAUCAGUCGCCAUCUGGAAUGCUUGCGCGGUCUGGCUCUUACAACGUAAGGAGCCGUGUCGUCGAUGACGACGGCGAAGUCUAUGCAGACUGGGAAUGGGCCUUCAAGCUCGGAAAGGAGUGGUAGUUCAGCUCCACUCCAGGCUCUCCUUCGUGCAUCUAGACUCAACGCUUUGUUCAAUUAACACAUCAUGUAUUCGGAAUCGGAAUCUCAUAGCAUUUUGUUACUUUGAUACGCUGUGGCGAAUAUUAUUGUAAUACGCCAUUGAUCUAAUUGAUAAGGAACUUCGAAAACGCGUGG